AUGACUCAAUUUCUACCGCCCAAUUUGUUGGCGCUGUUCGCGCCGAGGGAUCCUAUCCCUUACCUGCCGCCAGUCGCAAAAUUGCCUCAUGAAAAGAAAACUCGCGGUUACCUGGGCGUUGGGAACUUUAUGGACUUGUUUGAAGUACAUACUUAUAUUUUAAGGAAUAUUUCUGAAUUCAAUGAAUAAUGAUUUUUUUCCCCUCAGGACCCAGAAGAUACACCUCCACCAACGAAAAUUGAAACAAGAGAAGAAAGAUUAGAACGCCGCCGUAGAGAAAAGGCCGAACAAGUGGCAUACAAAUUAGAACAAGAAAUUGCAUUAUGUAAGUAUUUUAUUGUCUUGAAAAUUAUAUGUAUUUAAUCAAAAUAAUCCAAAGGGUAAACCUGAUUAAUUUUAUAUCCAUCAUAUUUAUUCCAGAAUACCUGAUUUUUCCUAUUUAUUAUUAAGAUUUCCUGGAGAUAAUCCAAAAUGUGUAUACUUAUUUCUGUUAGUGAUUUAUCCUUUGCAAUAAUCUCAUAUGUUAAUGAAUCAUUUAUUUUCAUUUAGACUCUCAUAAUUGAACACAUAUUUUUUGUUGUUUUUAGGGGAACCUCAUUCGGUGGCAAAUGCUACAACAGACCCAUUUAAAACAUUGUUUGUUGCUAGAAUUGUAAGUUAUUUUUAUUUUCUAGUUUUGAAUGUUUUAAUUUAUUACUCUUAAACACUUAAUAGCUAGUACAAUUUUUCAAAUUAAAAAUAUGAAGAAUUAAAUUUUUAUAUUGAAAUAUAAAUAAUUAUCUGUAGGUAUAGCAUUUUUAAAUUUAACUUUAUUACCAGCAUUAAAUAUUGUCAAUAUUGAUAGACUUGUAAGAGAUUUGGAUGUAAUUAUUCGAAGCAAGUGCAUUUAACUUUGAUAUCAUGAAUUUCUGAUUUUUAAAUAACGUGUUAAAAUUUGUGGACAUCAUUAUUGGCGAUUGUGGCAAAAGCCAUCGCUAUGCAAGAUUCAUGCCAGACCUGUGAGAUUUUAAAAUCAGUUAAUUUUAAAUAAUUAAGAUACCCUAACAUUUCUAAACUGAUAUCCUUGAAGGGAAAAAAAUGUUCUAAGUGUAAAUCUAAUCUUUGAUUUGCGAGUCUGUACGUUUAGCUACCUUUAAAUAGAGGUAGGUAGUACCUCUAUUUAAAAUGUUAUGUCAAACUUUUAAAAAUAUAAUUUUGGCUGUUUUAACUUGUGUGAUAUUCCGCGUAUUAUUUAUUAUGUAUAAUAGUGACUAACAGUCUUCAAAUUGCUAUAACAAAAUAAUGGUUACUACAAGAAAAAAUUAAAUUUGUAAAAGACAUUGUAAAGUGAACAUUAGCCAAAUACCAAAAUGGUAAAAUUAUGUAACUUCAAAAUUGAAAUAUAUUGACAUGUGUUUAAUUUUUAUGUCAUCCUCAAUACCACAUUUUUAAUUUUAAGUUAAAUUGAAUAAAAACGUAAAUGUUUAAAAAUAAUACACCCUCUAAUUAAGAUACUUUUUUAAUCAAUAUAUCUUUUACCUUAAAAAUUUGAUGUUCUUUAUGAUUAAACCAUUAAUUAUAAUUUAUAUUUAUUUGUAUUUGUAUUUUUAAUUUAGAGCGUAGUGAGAGAUUAAUUGAUUUUACUUAGAUGUGUGCUUUUUUUUUUCUGUAUAAGCAAUUUUUUGAAAAGAAAUCUUGCUCCAAUGUACAAUGUAUAUUACCUUUCUGAAAGGAAAUUUUGUCUAGUUGGUGUAUUAGAAAGUCCAUUUUUUGAUUUUUCAAGAUUUUAUAUGUUCUUAAAUUUGAACAUAAUUGAAAUAUUCAUUAUUAAUUCUCAGCAAACAUGAUGUGCGGCAUGAAAAAAAUAAACAUUUUUACAUGUUUUCAAUUUCCAUUGAAAUCAUGUCUAUACAAUAUGUUAUUUUCUUAUUUGUUUAAUAAAAAAGUAAUAAUAAAAUUUAAUUUCAUCAACUUAUACCAGAGCAUUAUUUAUAUUUUUCAGAUAUCUAUAAAUAAAAUGAGAGCUGCAACAAAAAAUUAUUGUUUCCAUUUCUGUCAUUUAAAAUUUAAAAUACAUAUUUAUUACUAAAUAUGUGUACAAUCAAAUAUAAAGUAAUUUAAGGUUGAUGUAAAAUUUUAAAUUACCAACUUAAAUUGUUUACAUAUAACAAUAAGUUAUACCAAAAUGUUAAAAAAUAAACAUUAAAAACUUUAAUCCCUUUGAGAUAUGUAAAUGAGUUGACUUACCCUACCCAAAAUUUAUAAUGCAUCUAAUAAAAUUCUGAGACCGCAAAUUAAAAUAUUUUUCAUUUAUUUUUAAUUCCUAUAGCUAAGGGUUAGGUUUGGUACUACCACAUUUUAAUAUGUAUUCCAGCUUAAAAUAACAUUUUAUUUUACUGAUGAAAAAAAACUAAUAUCAAUAUAUUUUAUUUUAAUAUUUAUUUCAGAACUAUGAUACUUCUGAAUCAAAAUUGCGUAGAGAGUUUGAACUUUAUGGUCCAAUCAAAAAGGUAUAUAAUUUAAUUUAGAAAUUUUAAGCAUUUUAAAAUUUGUAUUAACUCAGGUCCUCUUUAUUAUAAUGUUAAAUAGAUUGUUGUCAUACAUAAUAAGAUUGAUGGUAAACCAAGAGGUUAUGCUUUCAUUGAGUACGAAUAUGAACGCGAUAUGCAUUGUAAGUAAUCAAGAUUUAUAUUUUUUUUAAUUUUUCAAAAUUCAAUUCAGUGAUUUCAAAUGGCGAAUGUUAAGGUCAAGUUCAACUAAACUAGUAAAUUUGUUUUUUUACCAAUCCAUGAAUAAAUUGCAUUUUUUUAAAAAAAAAAAUGUAUGUAGGUAUUAGAGUAAACAAUUUCAAAUAUGUAUUUACAUGUCUCUUUUUAACCCAUGAAGGCUUUCAUGUGCUUUCAAUGUGCUUUUAAAACUAACUGGUUUUUCCAUUAUGAUAUUUUGUAUUGUCAUUUAUCAUGGUGUCUAAAUAUUAUAUUAAUUUUGUUAAUUUUUCCAUUUAUAGUCAUAAUUUACGAUCAAAGCUGAGCCUGAAAAUUAUUUUUAAAAACAUGGACCUUUAUUUUGAUUGUUUCGCUAGUUUCCAUAUAAAAACAUAGUAUUUAAUAAAUUGUAUAACGGCCAAAUAAUAAGAUCAAUAAUGUUUUAUAUGUGUACUUUUUAUAACUAUUAAAAUGAUAAUUAUUUGCAAAGUAAUUAAUUAAGUAUUUAAAAAUAAUAUUAAGUAGUGAAUGUUUUUAAUGUUAUCAUAUGGUAACUUGAUUUAUCUACAAAACUAGAUCUAAAAAAAAAAAAUUGUACAUCAUUACUACUUUGAAAAGGAUACCUAGGAAAAUUUUAAUAAAAAAAAUUACACUGACAUCAGAAUAAACCUGUUUGUUUUUAUUAAAAAAGUUAUAGAAAAUUAAUUUUUUUACAAAUAAAUAUUGAUUGUUUUUGAAUCUAAAAUAUAAAAUAAUAAAUUAUUAGUUAUUCAAGUAUAAUUACAAUUAUACUUAAAUUCUAAAAAUUAAAAAUAUCACAAUUUCAAAAUAAUUAUUAUUAUAGGUAAUAUAUUAUGUAAAAUAAUCCAAAUGACAUGAAUUCAUAUUAAAUACAAAAUAAAAAACUAUAAUAAUUAUAGAUAGAUAAGUAGAUAAUUCUUUAUAUGUUUCAUAUAAUAUAUUCAAUAUCUGUAUACUAAAGUAAUAGGUUUAAAAAAAAGGCAAUUUUUCAUAGUGCAAUAAAACAAUUUACUCCUAAAUUUGUUCAAAUACACACAUUUAAAAGAAUUAUUUUAUUAUCUUAUUCAAGAUCUGAAUACUCGCCAAUUUUGAAAACAUAUUUUUAAAAUACUGGUUUCUAAACAACCCUUGCGCGUACUUCUAUAAAUACAAUGUUCUUAUAAAUUCAAAAAAAAAAAAAAAAAUUCUGGUACAGUUUUAAUAAUUGUAUUUUGUUCUUGAUGCAGUGAACUGUGAAGAGCUCGUUGAUUGGAGCUUCUUUAAUGACCCUGUGAUUAUACGUAGACGACUUUGUUGAUAAUAGGUUUGUAUGUGUGGUAAGCCCAACAUACAAAUUACAAAAUGAUUAAACCCAUUUUAUCUACAGUUUCCAAUAAUUUUCUUACGUACAAAUUACUCUUAAAUGUACAUAACUUAUUUCUGUAACUCAUAAUUUACGGGUAACUAAAUAUAAUUUAAUUUAAUUUUUUUUUAAUUCAAAUUCUUGAUUUCUCUAAACUAAAAAAUAAUAUAAUUCAACUUCUCCAUACAUUAUUUUAAUUACAAAAAAUGAAAACUUAUAGGGCAUUAUACAUCAUAGGGAAAUUACAGAAUAUGGUAAACUGUAAUGUUAUUUGAUUAAAUAAUGGUAUAUUUUUAUUUUAUUUUAUUUUAUUCUUCCGAGCAUGAUUUAUGCAAAGGUAAGAUAAUAUGAAAUUGGUGGAAGAAAACACGAUAUUUUUUUAUUUCAUUUACAUAUUCUUUUUAUUUUAUUUUAUUUUACUGGGUAAUAAUUAUGCGCCCAUUAUGUAAGUAUUGGCGUCCCAGGUAAAGUAAAAAAAAAAAAUACCGACAAAUUUUGGAUUCACUUGGCAUUUCAAACUGCGCUAAAAAAACAAUCUGGGAAAUAGCAAAUAAGUAUUGUUGGUAGGUACUUAAAUAUUUGUUAAUAUCUUAAUUUUUCUAUGUGGGUAUUACAUUUUUAUUUUGAUGAGGUUGGUAAGGCCUGGUUCCAAACAGUUUUAAAUUUGUGUCAAUCUAUUAAUACAUUUCAUUCAAUUAUUAGUUAAAUAUUUUCAUUUAAAUAAUAGAAUCGGGGUGGGUAUUCAGUAAUUCUCAUCAAGAACAACAACGUUUUUUUUACACAAUCGUAGUUCAAUCUAAUUGUUUUCCCCCAAUAAUAUUUAUUAUAGCUGCAUAUAAACACGCUGAUGGAAAGAAGAUAGAUGGACGCAGAGUGUUAGUUGAUGUUGAGCGAGCACGUACUGUCAAAGGAUGGCUUCCAAGAAGAUUAGGUAACAUUUUUAUUAGUUUAUCAGAUUCUGAAAAUGAUUGUAUUAUGUUACUUAUUAAUCUUAAUGUAUUGAAUUUAUAUUUGUUUUAAUCUAGGAGGUGGAUUAGGGGGUACAAGACGUGGUGGACCAGAAGUCAAUUUGAAACAUUCAGGUAGGGAAGAUAAUGAACGAGAAAGAGAAAGGUAUGCCCGUGAAAUGGCUGGUAGUCGUUCUGCACGUAGUGUAACAAUGGAAAGAGAUCGAGAACGUGAUUAUCGUGAUCGAGACAGAGACCGUGAACGUGAAACAAGACGUCCACGUAGUAGAGAUCGUGAAAGAAAACGUCAUCGUUCUAAAUCGUAUGUAUUAAAUAUAUUUAUAAUAAACAUAUAUAUAUUUACAUGCAUAGUGGAUAUUUUUAAUACAACUGGAUUACAGCAAAAAGUAUAUAAUACAAAUUAAUCUGCCUGUCCUGGCUAAUGUUUUGAACCAUUAAUCAAUCAACUGAAUUAAAUUGCUUUCGUUGAAUUCCUGGUACACCUAAAUUAAUUUAGUUACACACAAUUCAAAGUAGAAACAGGUAUUCAAAAAUUUUAAAUUUAUAAAAAUGUGUAGCAAAAUAAUACAAAUCUCAGUCAAUCUUAGAAAUCAAUAGUCAUAUUAUUUUAACUGCAUAUGAUUCAGUUAAAAUUUAAAAACAAAUUAAUUAUACCAGUUUUUUUGUUUUUGUGUAUUUAUAUAUUAUGUACAGCAAAAACAAAAACUGAAAAGUAAUAAAUACUUCAAUCUAUAUUGAAAUUUUUAUCUGUAACAUUUUACUUUUUUGUAUUAAAAUAAAUUGCAUUAUAAUUUUUAUAAUUGAAUAAAUCAAAUUAUUAGACGUUCACGUGAACGUAAAAGACGACGUAGCCGAGACCGUGCUAGGGAUGUGGAUUAUGACGAAGUUGAAGAAGUCCCUGUUACUAAGUCUAGAGAUAAGGAUCGUGAUCGUGAAAGAAAAAGAAAGCGUAGUCGCUCUAGGGACCGUGACCGUAAGAAGGACCGUAAAGACAGAGAACAUCAUCGCCGUGACAAGUAAAAUUUCUUUUGCCUUUUUUUUAUCAUAAAAACUGAACUAUUUUUAUUUCAUUUCUGUUUUAGAAGUAAAGAUCGGCGUGAUAAACAUGACAAAGACAAUUCUGAACGUGAUGAAAAAGUUCAUAUUAAACAAGAACCUGUAGAUGGUCAGUAUUCUUAUUUAAAAUUUAACUGACUUACUUCCUAUAAUUGAAGUGUAUAUAUAUUUUUUUUUUUUUUUCUGGUCAUUUGAUUAUAAUAUAUCAGUAUCAUCUAAUAACUUUCAAUAAGUGUACCUUAAACUUGAUACUUAUCUAUGCUUCAAAGUAAAACAAAAAUCCUUAUUCUCUACAUGUGAAUGUGUGGGGUAAACAUUUUCCUUAAACGACACAGUUGUCUUUGAAAUAUAAUUUUAGCUCACUGAUUAAAUAAAACAAUUUUCGAUUUGCUGAUAAAAUUAGGUAAACAUAUAAAUAUCCUUAUAUAAAAUAUUUAGUGGGGUACUUUAUCUAUAUUUUCUUCAAGUGACCAAUAGAAUAUUAAAACUUUUUAUCUAAUGUUUACAAAGUCAUUAUUUAUAACUGUUAAUAAUUAUUUAUUUUAUUUUUAGAUUAUGAUAAUUAUGACAAUUACAACGAAUAUGACAAUUAUAACAGUGCCCAUGAAGAGUAUGAUCCAGAUAUGGUUAAGAAAGAAGAACCAGAUGAAGAAAAUGCCAAUGGUAGUCGUUAUAGAAAUUCUUAUUAUCCAAAACCUGAACACAGUGGGGAAGAUUUUAAUGAGAAUGGACAAACAGAUAAUUAUGACGAAUAA